AUGUCUCUCGGAAAGAAGGUCACUCUGAACACCGGUGCCCAGAUCCCCCAGCUGGGCUUUGGUACCUGGCAAUCCGCCCCCGGCCAGGUCGGCGAGGCCGUGUAUGAGGCCCUGAAGGCCGGCUACCGUCACCUGGAUCUCGCCACCAUCUACCAGAACCAGCGCGAGGUGGCCGCUGGUAUCAAGCGCGCGUACCAGGACGUCCCUGGUCUGAAGCGUGAGGAUCUCUUCAUUACUUCCAAGCUGUGGAACAGCCAGCACCGCCCCGAGGUCGUUGAGGCUUCCCUCGAUGCUUGUCUUGCCGAGCUGGAACUGGACUACCUUGAUCUUUACCUUGUUCACUGGCCCGUUGCAUUCCAGAAGGGCGAGUCUUACUUCCCCUUGGUCGAGAACAGCUCUGUCGAGGGUGGUGAUGUGAUCAUUGAUGACGGUGUUUCCAUUGUCGACACCUGGAAGGCCAUGACCCAGCUGCCCAAGAGCAAGGCUCGCGCCGUUGGUGUCUCUAACCACACCGUCCCUCACCUCGAGGCUAUCAUCAACGCGACUGGCGUUGUGCCCGCUGCCAACCAGGUCGAGCGCCACCCUGCUCUGCAAAGCAACGACCUGAUUGAGUUCUGUCAGAAGAAGGGUAUCCAUGUCACAGCCUACUCCGCUUUCGGUAACAACGUGCUCGGCGUCCCUCUUCUCAUCACCCACCCUGAGGUCAAGGCAGUCGCUGAGUCGGUCUCCAAGCGUACCGGCCAGGAGGUUACCGGGGCUCAUGUCAUUCUGGCCUGGUCCCAGGUCGGCGGUCACAGUGUCAUCCCUAAGUCGGUGACUCCGUCGCGCAUUCGCGACAACUUCAAGGAGAUCGAGCUCACUCCCGAGGAGGUGAAGCAAGUUACUGCUAUUGGCAAUGAGCGCAGACGUUACAAUACCCCUUACACUGCCAACAAGCCCCGCUGGGACAUCAACAUCUUCGGUGAGCCCGAGGAGCAACCCGCCGGCCACAAAGUUAUUGUUUAA